CCCGCAUGAAUGAAUAGGUUGCGAAUUGAGAUGCAGUGCUUUCUCAACGCAGUGUGGUGAUUUAUGUAUAUUUUUUUAAAAGUAAACGCUUCACUGCAAUUAAACAUAAUAAAGUACUGCUAUGUGAGAUUUUUUUUUAAAGUAAUAAAAUGCGAAUUACCUGAUGCAGUGCACAUUACCGUUGUAGAGAUUUAUACAUCACUCGUAACUAAAUAAGGAGACAAAUUCUCCCGCGUGUGCGGGGCUUGUUCGACACGAGCAAAACUCCAGCUUUAUUAACCCUCCCCACCCCUCAGUAUAAACAAAUAUUCAGAUGUUUGUUUUUACUUUAUAGCUGUACGAGUGAGUGUGUGUGAGUGCCUUAAGAGGAGCCCGCCUUAAGAGGCCUAGCUCCGCGCGAGGCACAGAUCGGCGCAGCAGAGAGACCCAGCCAGCCAAAAAGCAAUCGAUGAUCCCGUUCGUGGACAUGUGCCGUCACAACAAGGAUCACUCACUCCGACUACAGGACGCAGCGCGUGGAGCGGAAUGUAGUCACCGUGCGUAGUGGUGCACUGAUGGGACUACAUGAAUAGCAUGAAAGCACUUUUAUGCUGAAUUUGCUGGCCUUAAACUUAAAAUGUACUUCGGCCAAUUGAGAUGGGCUCAGCCAGUCCUCAGAAGCAUGGGACGCAUGCAUUGUGGACCUACAAGCAGCCAACAACCAAAGAGUGGUACUGUCUUGAACUUGGUGAAGAGAUGUGGCUGCUCAAAUGCCACGGAACAUGUCCACAAUUCAACAACGCCCUCUGGCCCUGUGGCUGCUGAAUUCUGUGGCCGAGAUUCAUUUUCAAGAACGAUAUUUUCCAAAAAAGAAUCUGGGUUAAGCCCAACCAUAUUUGUCAACUCGAUGAACAAAACACAUUCACUUUCUGUGCAUAGCAGCUGUUGGCCAGAAGUCUCUGUUUCAGCAAGUAAACGCUGCAGCUUAUUAAAAUCAACGUCAUUGGACCUGUGUGAAAAGUUCAGGAAUAGAAUACAAAAGUGUGUGGGUUCACAGAAUUCUGCAGUGGGCUACCACAUGUCAGCUAAGGCAUUAAACAGCGAUGAUGCCAAUGUGUUGGAUAAUAAACAUUCAGAAGUUAGAAAAGAGCCACCGUGGCGUGUUCUUUUCUUUGGCUCUGACAAUUUUGCAUUGGAAUCUUUGCAAGCUUUGAAGAGUGCAUGUAACAGUGGAUUGUUGGAGACAUUGGAAGUUGUGACCCUUCCAAAACAAACAAUACCAGUACGGAGCCUUGCUUCAGAGCUGGGACUGGUGGUGCAUGACUGGCCAUAUGUACCACCAUCUCCAUCAUGGUCUUUGCCUGGUGGACCAACCAGUGGAGGGUUCCAUGUUGGUGUUGUUGUAUCUUUUGGGUGUCUUCUCAGUCAAGAUCUCAUCUCUUCUUUCCCAUACGGAAUACUGAAUGUUCACCCAAGUCUGCUGCCUCGCUGGAGGGGCUCUUCACCACUUAUUCACACGGUGCUGCAUGGAGACACUGUCACUGGCGUCACGGUCAUGAAGAUCCGCCCACAGAGGUUUGAUGUAGGAAAUAUUUUGCUACAGGAAAAGCAUUCUGUCCCACACAGAUGCACGGCUGUGGAAUUGCGGCAAAUGCUGUCCCGUGUAGGAGCAGAGCUGCUCAUCAAGACACUGUCUGAUCUCCCAGGAUACACUGAGAAGAGCACAGAGCAACCUAAAGAGGGAUUAACAUUGGCUCCAAAGGUGAAUACGUCCAUGUGUUGGGUGAGAUGGGACCAACAAACGACAGAUUACAUUGACAGGCUGUACCGUGCUAUUGGGACACAGCUUCCGCUCAGGACACAGUGGAUGAGCAGACCAAUAAAACUGAUGAACAUGGUGGACAUUGAAGAUAUGUCAACAAGUCUAGUGUGUGCAGCAGCCCAAAAGAGGCCAAAUGCACAUCCUGGAGAUUUAUACUUUUGCAAGCACUCCAACAUACUGUGUGUGAGGUGUCAGGAUGGCUGGGUUGGCUUCCGGACACUUGUGCUGAAGAAGAAACUCUCUGCAAGUGACUUCUACAAUGGCUACUUGCACUCUUUUUUCCAAGAAGGACAUCACACAGAAAGCACUGUUGGUCAGAGCACACAACCAGGCGAGGAGCCUGAACGAGCUGCAAACUGUCCUGGUAGCUUUCAUACGCCUGCAUCUGUCAUAGGUUGCAAUGGCAGCAUUGAGAAAAAAUCUCAUUUUCAAGAUUAAUAAUUCAUUAUGCUGCUUUGGAAUAAAAAAAAAUAUAUAUCUGGGUUGUGUGUCUGAGCGUAUAUUUUUGUAAAUAUGUAAAAUGAUCAUGCAAAAUAUUGAUGACAAAUAAAGUACGUUAAAGUACCAAAAA